AUGAGUCCCUACCGUCUUGUGUAUGGCAAAGCCUGCCAUUUGCCGGUCGAGAUCGAGCAUCGCGCUUAUUGGGCUAUCAAGGCCGCGAACUUGGACCUUCGAUCCGCAGGGAAGCACCGAGCCUUACAAAUGGAAGAACUUGACGAGUUGCGCAAUGAAGCAUAUGAGAAUGCGCGCAUCUACAAAGACAAAGUGAAGAAAAUACAUGACCGUCGUAUCGUGCAAAAGGAUUUCCACCCGGGCAUGAAAGUACUGUUGUUCAACUCUCGGUUGAAACUCUUUCCCGGAAAACUCAAGUCCCGUUGGACUGGCCCGUUCAUCAUCAAAGAAGUGCUCAAUCACGGAGUUGUGGUGUUAACCAAGGAAGGCACAGAUGAGCAAUUUACGGUCAAUGGACAUAGGGUGAAGCCCUACUUGGAGCAUGAUCAUUCUUCCGUUGUGGUAGAAAGACAAGUGCUUCAUGAUCCGGAUUCUUAA